AUGAAGGUCUGUGUGGCUGCCUUCGCUGUGCUCCUCAUCGCUGCCCUCUGCUCCCAGGCCCAUUCUCAGCUUGAUGGCGUCAACACCCCAACUUCCUGCUGCUUCAGCUAUGUUUCCAAGCCAAUCCCACGGAGCCUUGUGGUGAAGUACCAGCACACCAGCAUCAAGUGCUCCUUGCCGGCUGUAAUCUUUACCACUAAAAAAGGCCGGGAAGUCUGCUCCGAUCCCAAUACACGAUGGGUCCAGGAGUACAUCAAGCACGUGAAACAAAACUGA